AUGCCUCCCCCAACCCUCCCCCCACCCCGGGACGCCGGGGUCCCUGGCUCCCCGCCGCCCCCUGGUCGCCCAGCAACCGCGGCCGCGCCGGCAGCGCGACCGCUGCAAAGUGAAGGUCGCAAAGCACGGGUUACCGUGGAGACGGGAGACCCGGGUCGCUGCGGGAGGGCGCCGGCCGCUGGGCGAGGUCCGGGACAAUCCUGGAAGACUGUCAGCCGCCGGCGGUCCGAUCGCGGCCGGGUCCCCCGCGGGACUGCUGCGUUAUCAGAGCUGCGAGCUGAUCUGAGGUGCAGGCGGGGCUCUGCAGGGGCGAGAGCGACACCGGCUUCUAACCGCACCUGCGCUCCCCAGGGAGGAGGGCGAGGGCGAGGCCGCGGUCGGCCGGGCGCUGGCCUGGGAGUCAGGAGACUUGGGUUCUGGUCCUGGCCGUGCGCCCCACUCUCAGGAGACCCAGGAGAUGAGCUGCCCGUCACUCCCCUCCCCUGCCUCCUCCGGCUGGUCGGGGGUCGGAAUCAAGCCCGUAUCUUGGAGGAGGCGGAAAAGAACCCAGGGGAAAGUGAGAGAGGGAAGAACAAGACAAAAAAAGAAAAGUCGGGCUGCCUUUGCCGGACGUCUACUUUACGCCCGGAGCAGCAUCUGGAGCGGUCCGCGAUGGCUCUGUCCGCGCUCCAGGAAGGAAGCAGCAUUCGGGUAAAGUGAAGGGGAGAUCUGAAAGGGGACUGUAUGAGAACAGAAGGGCCCCUCCUUUUCUGGCCCUGCUUCCCCUGCUAGGGCCAGGGACCGGGACAGCCUCUGUGCAGGAGAGAGGGCUGGCGGCAGAUCGUCCUCACGGUCUCCCCGUCCCGACAGGGUCCUCUGAGUUUGGCCUCAGGUGGCUGUUUCCAGUGAGCGAGGGGGCCUACAGCCCAGCUUCCCAGGCCCCGACGUCGGUCCCAGCCCCAGAUCACCACCUGCUCGCCUCAGUCCUUCACAGAACUCUGACUCUGUUUUCUAGUUCCCUGAACUUCGCCCUGACCCUGGAGCCGUGUCCGGUUCUCAGCACCGUUCAGGGAGAUGCUCUCCAGACUCCAACCCUUCUGCCUGUGUCGUCCCCCCAACCGCCCCUUUCUCCCUUGUCCUCUGGCUUUCUGGGUUUUUCCCCAGCUCAUUCUGGCCAGUGGACUGCCUGGCCCCAUGCCUUCUUGGCCCUAAUUCUAGCUCUUUGCUCUUAGUUCAGCCAGAAUAAGGACAGGGAUGAACAGAAGGACAGAGGGAUGGCUAGGAAAAGAGAUGACAAGAGGCCAGGUCCUGAGGGCUCG